UUCUGUUCUGAAAAGACCAUGGGUCUCCUUCAGAGCUGUUUUGCCAGAAAUAACAAGGUGGGUGUAGCAAAGGAAGAGAUGGAAGCGUACGAAAAAGUACGGAAAACAAUGGUCACAGAGGAAGUGACAGAAAAGAAAGGCGGUGUGGCCUUUGAUCUUACGUUUGUCUCUGAGGAAAUUCCAAAGAUGCCACCACCCAGAUUGCUUGAAAAUAAAAAGGAGGAUUUUGAAAAAUGGAGAGAGUCUCAAGAGAAGGCACAGGCCGAAAAGCAGGAGCGGGCACAACAGAAAAGAGAGGAAGCCCGUAUCCAGAAAGAGAUUGAUGUGGCCCACAAGGAGAUGGAGAGGCUCGAGAAAUACGUCAACCUUACUGCUGAAUAAAUCUAAUUCAAACCUCCCGAUAAUAUUUAUGUUAACGAACUGGACAAUGAAUUUGGAUAUCUUAAAUUUUCAUACAAUUGGAACCAAAGAGGGAACACCCGAGCUCUUUUGCUGUGAAUCUUUGUUUUGGCUUUUGAUUCUCUUUCUUCUUUUGGCUUAAAAUGUUUUUUGUGAAAUUUCCAAAAUGUCGGCCUCGGAGACAGAUCUUGAGGCUAGCAUGGCGGACAAAAUUUAAUUAUUCCAAAACUUUCAAAAUCUUUCGGAACUUUUGGCCUUACGAAUACUCAUUCCGUAAGUGAUCAGGAAUGGGUAUUAACUUGGAACUACCAUCCCGUCAGUGAUCAGGGGUGGGGGUUCCUCGUCAGAAGUCUUUAAAUUGUAAA